AUGGCCGGCGCGCCCGCCGUCGACGCAUCGGUGCUGAUUGCUGUCAUCGUGGUUCAGACCGUGAGCGUGUCCGCUGACCUGGCCAGGGAGGCCAGGGGAUUCUUGGCUGCACACGCGUGUGACCACAGCUACUGCCCAGGAGCGAGCGGGUGGGGCAGCGCGUGUGCUGCAGUCGAGGAGUGUUCGGGCUGCCCGCAGUGCAGGCACAUCUGGCAGGGAGCUUCGGCCGCAGCACGAGCUGCGGAGCCGUCGACCACGGCGGAGACAUCGACGUCCACCUCAGCGCUCGUGUUCUCGCUUCUGACGAUGGCGACCUCUGCGCAGACUUCGGGACGCUGGACGUGA